AAGGAAAACAUUUUGGUCAUUAUUCAUUAAUAAAUUUGACAUCCAAAAUAGGUAAAUAGUUAUUUUACCUAAUAUGGGGUCUAAAGAUAAAUGCAAAUGAAAACUGUGAAAUCUUCUUAUCCGACCUCUUCUCUCUCUCCUUUUGGCUAAUCACAAUUAAUUAGGCUUCACAAUCUCUACAAAUCCCUACUCUCCUCAUAGUCAUACAUAGAAGAGAGAAAGAAUACCAUUAGUCAUAAAAUCUUUGCGUGAAUCUCGCUCAGAUUUUAUUGUUUCCAUAAGCCAAAUGCAAGUAAAUAACCUUUCUUAAUACUCUCAACAAAAGAAAAAAAAAAAAAAGUAAAUAACAUUACUUUCUUCUCCAUAGAAGUAAAAGAGUAAAGAAGAUCAUGAAGAGAACAAGAGACCUUUAUGAUGAUGAUGAUUCUUCUUCUUCAUCGGAAUCUGAAGAGUUUCACCGGACAAAACUCCGGGUUAAGGUGAAGUUACCGGAAGAAAGAAGUGAAGAUGAAGAUGAGUCUCCUCAGCCGCUGAGGAAGCACUUUUGUGUGAUUUGUGAGAAGCAGUUUAGCUCUGGUAAGGCUUAUGGUGGUCACGUGAGGAUCCACUCCACCGAGUACAAUAUCAAAGGAAAGAUGAAGAAGACGAGGAUGAAGAUCAUGAAGAAGAAGAGAAAGAUUGGUUUGUUGAAGAAAGAGAAGGAGAAAGAGAUAGAUCUGAUUAGGGCUGACGUGGAAGGUAAGAUUAGGUGUUGUCUUUGUGGAAAAGAGUUUCAAACAAUGCACUCUUUGUUUGGACAUAUGAGGAGACAUCCUGACCGGAGUUGGAAAGGGAUACGACCUCCUCCUCCACCGGAGAAGUUCAAUCUAAGCUACGGUGAUGAUGAUGAUGUUGAUGAUGAUGAGGAUGAGGAUGCGAUGAGUAGAUCCAUCAUGAUGAGUGAUGAUGUACCCGAGGAUGUUCAAGAAGCUGCUUGCAUUCUAAUGAUGCUCUCUUACGCUUCAAGCAAUUAUUGGGCUGGGAUAAAGAAAGCUAUGGAAUCACCCAAAUCCGAGGUAAGAAGUCCGAGUUGCUACAAAGAUGACAAAGGAAAAGAUGAAGUUUUAGGUGAUGGUGGAAUGGAUGAUAAGAAGAGUUUAAUUGUAGAUAUGAAUAUAAAGAUGAAGGUGAAUAGUCCUCGAGAUGAAGAUAAGAGGUCAUUAGGGUUUGAUCUCAAUCAGCCUCCUUACCAUGAAGAUCAUCCUGAUUCCUGUUGGAACUAGUUUGGUUUCGCAGUUCGAUUUGGAUGGAAUGGAGUAGAUUAAGUAAGAUUCAAGUUUUAACAUGUUGCUCAAUGAAUUUACAUCUAUAUAUGCAUGUCUUAUCAUCUCCUACAUAGGCUUUUGUACAUAAUGAAAUCCUUGUUUGGUUCUAGUUAUAUUUCAUUGGUCUUUUUCUUCUAGCUAGUCCUUUUCUGGUCAAUUUCUCUUUAAGUUUGUGACUUUUGUGUGGCUAGAAUCAAGUUGUUACUUUUAUCUACUGAAUAAAUUCAUAAACAAGGUUUGAGAUUUCAAGUUGUAAUCAAAAUUUCAAAAAAAAAAGAUUUCAAGUUGUGAGAAUUUUCGUAGAUCGAGUAGUUCAUAUGCAUCACCAUAUGAUAAUCUAUACGGAUAUUCCAUAUGCAUCUCAACUUUUCACAUGUAAAGGUAUCAAUAUCAGUGUCAUAGAAUAAUUAAAAUUUGGGUGCAAACUUAGAGAUAGUAACUAAAUAUUAUUGUUAAGAUGUCAAAAAUAUAAU